UUUUGAAGGUCUGUUGAAAAGGAAAACGCGUGCAAGUCGUGCUAAACUGAGAAGAACUCUUGUGUGUUGGGAGAUAGGAAUAGUCAUGUUAUUAGAAGAAGUAUUGCUUCUGAUUUUCAUACCGUCGUGUGAAGCAUUUGUUCGAUGCUUUAGUUGUUCCACGACUUACGACACACGCUGUGGAGAUGCCUUCGCUUUUACAACAACAGACGCAUCACAGUGCCAGGGCACCUGUGUCAAAAGAAGGGGCACAAGAGACAUUAAUGGAGUGAGGACCGUUGAGAUAACUCGCGGCUGUAUUUCACAGACCACUGAUGACUGCUAUGAUGGGAACUUUAACGGGAUUUCUGUCUACAUCUGUACGUGUAACUCAGACUAUUGUAAUGAUGCUCAGGGAUACAGAUCCUCUACAGGCCUUACUCUGCUGCUCGCAGCGCUUCCUCUGAUCUAUAGGAUAAUGGGGAGAUAGCAGCCUGCCGGGACUGAUGAAGCUCAGUAUUUAUGUUGAACCAGUUGGAUUAAUGCAUAAUGUUUAACGUUUUAUGACAAUGAAAUCACCAGGAAUAGGUAACAUGAUUAUCACUUUAGUGAAUACAUUUUAAUAUAUUUUUAAUGUAUUAAGUCAUUAUGGACAGAUCCAGGAUUUUUUCAGGGUUCACCCCCCCCCCCAAUGCAGAAAGUAUUUUUCCAUCUGUAUACAUAUUAGGCAUGAAUAACUGCUACUAGAGAUUCAUUAAUAUUUGUUUGUAAGUCAAGAUUUAGUUAAGGCCAGAGCCUUAAAAUUUUUACCAUAGUUUAAAUUCCACACUUUAGAAGUUACAAUUCGUAAGUUUUAUUAUCUAUUCUAAACUAUAACCUCAAAAAACUUUUCUUAUCACCUGUUAUAUAUAGUAUCUGUCUGUCUUUCCUUUGCCAUUUGGUAAACUUAUAUUUACAAGGUUGAAAAAAAAAUUUCUUGAAUAGGGAAUAAAAAAUUGUGUUAAAAACAGCAGGGCUACAAAGGUGAGCAUUAUUUGUGACCCAUUUAUAGCCCUUUAUGUGUUUAGUUGUGGUGUCAUGGAUUUUUCUUCAUUGAAUUUUUUCUCUUUUACUAUUGUAAAUUGAUUUUGUCCAUGUUAUUUUCAUUCUGUGAUAAUUAUAUAUGAUACAAAUUGGUUAAUACUGAGAGUAUAAUUUUUUUUGGGGGGGUACAAUUUUACAAUUGGAACAUGUAUAAACAUAUAAACACAUGCAUACAUUUCUUAAUAUGCUAUUUAUAGGCUAUCUCUGACUUCAGUGCAGUAAUUGAUAAUACAGCAAUCAAUAUACCAAAUCUGAUUUUACAGUGAAUGCAGACCUGCCUACUCUACCGGUUUUGGCGUAAUUCUUCUGCGUUAUACCACAAAAUUACACUAUUACGCCACUUAUAUUGAUUUUACACUUUUGAUAUUUUGGUUUAAAAUCCUUCAUGAACGAAUAUAUAUUUAGAGUUAAAAGUACGACCUGCUGAAAUGAAAUGAGAAUUUCUUCUAAUAAAAGUAAUUAUUAGAGGAGAGAUUCAAUAACGUACGUAAUAUACCUAGUGUACAUGUAAACUGGUUACUGAAUAUUCAAAUGAAGAUGAGAAGGCACUCCUUAGGUUAACUAUUAAAUGAUAUUUGCGAUAAAUACAGCUAUUUUUAAGCUCAGUUUAGUUUAUUUUCACAUUCCUUAGGACAAGAUAGAGAAAUGUGAGUGUUACAUAAAUAAAAUACAAUGUUAUCAUGUAAGAUUUGUGUAAACAUGCAAAAGCAAGCCUUCAAUGAAGUGAUAAGAAACAAAGUGACUAAAUGCUUCAAUAAGGGUGUACGGUUGAAUUGAGUUUGAUAUAGGAUACUGAUAUUUUACUGCACUUUUUUGAUAAUAUAUGAUUCGAAAAAGAAAAGUUAAUGCCAGCUUUGUUUAGUAAUAUACAAUUUCGGUUGUUUUGAAAGAAACUAAAGUAUUAUAGUAAAACAACAAAAUAGGAAAACAUGAUUGAUUACGCUUUUACCUCUGAAAUUCCACCAAAUACGGUAUGUACUGAAAUUACACCUUUGCAAUGAAAAGGGUAGGCAGGUCUGUAAUGUUUGCUUUAUUGAAUAUCUAUCUAAGAUGAUCAAGAUUUACACUUCGACUCCUAAUUGAAACCUUUUAUUAAAAAGUGCCUGUAUAUUUUAUAUAUUGUUUUACAUCAUAUAUCUAUUACUUUGUUCAAAAACUAAGAUUAUUCCAUGUCUGUUCAUCUAACAUUCCACCCAUUCUGUUUCAUUGGACUCAUGUAUAUGAAUGUUGUGCUGAUUUUUACAUUGUCAUGUAAGGUUGUGAUUAGAAAUAUUUUUUUACACAAGUUUUUUUUUACAUGAGAAAUCAGUUUUCUGUGUCUUGACUUGGUAGACCAUAUAUUGUUCAAGUCAAGUUUGGUCAUGAUUUACACAUGCAUUGAAGAAAGUAUUUCACAAGUAGUUAUGGUGAGUAUAAUUAUUGGAAUCUACCUGUGUAGUUAGUCAUGGUUUUACUAAUUAUCAGUUGGUAUCUACAUGUAUGUAGUUAGUCAUGUGUUGA